UAUGAUAUAAACCCGUCCAGAAUCUGCGCUCGUGGUGCCUAGUAAUCCAUGCCGUAUGACACGUAAGGCUCGACAGGAGGAAGGAUCGAUCCACCAAGGCGAGCGAGGAAAAUCAUUAGCAGCAAUUCUCUUUCGAGCCUAGAAGCAGAAGACAGGAGGCAAAAUGUACUCCCUUGCGCUACAGACAUCAAUUGCCACCGCGUCCUCCGUUUCUUCUUGCAGUCAAUUUGGAGGGUUGUCUCGGCCGUCAAAUUUUCCUCCAAAGGCGCUUGCUGCAAAUAUCAACAACUUGCGCUUAUCAACAAGGGGAGGGGGCAGCGCGAGGGCGAGCUCUGCAGAUGUUACUACGCAGACUGCAAAAGCUCCUAUAACCUUUCAGGUGGGAGAAACAUCCUUAACUCUGCCAUUUUCUGCUAAAGCAGCCAAGGGGUUGAGCGAUGCCAUCGACAAGCUUCUGAUUACCUUCAAGGAAAGGGAAAAGGCCACAAGGCCGCAGAGAUGGCAGACCAUGGAAUAUCGCCAAAACGGAGAUGACGGUGUCAGCUUUGAGUUCUUUUGUAACCCAAAUGCUUAUGCCAAUGCCUUCCAAGCUAAGGUACUCAUCACCGUCAACGAUGAUAAAAUUAAAGUGACCACCGAAGGACAAUUGAGCGCACUCAAGUCUGACGUCGAGCAAUAUGUGGACAAAAGUAGCUAAGAUAUACCCGUGAACGCCUUCUUUUUUUAAUCUACAUUUGUAAAUCAGGUAAUUUUUCUUGUAGAGUAGACAGUGGCACUCACUCCAACGUUCUGACGAAGAAAGCAACAUUGAUAUGGUAAAGAGGAUUAGAAGCUCGACGUUGAAGACUAGUUUUGACGAUGUACGCAAGUUUUGACAUGCUGGUAAUAAUAAUACGAGAGAUUUCCCUUC